CACCCAGCGCCGGAAGUGGAAGUGGCGGCGGAUGCAGCCCCGAGAGCGCCGGGCAGCUGAAGAAGAGGGCAGGCGGCGGCAGCAUCAGCGGUCUCGGGGCGACGAGUCCGAUUCACAGCGGUCGAGUGGAGCGCUAGGACGGCUUCCGAGCAACCGGGCCAAGGCGGGAGAGCUGAUGGAGCCGGCCGGCUUGAGCCUGGGCCUAGUGGCCGCGCUGAUGGUCGCCCUGUCGGUGUUGGUGGGCGGCGUGGACCCGCGGGCUGGCACAGCGGCAGAAGAGUUGCCCGACGGAAAGCAUCAUAAACUUGAGAUGGAUCAAGCAGUUUUAACUGUUUAUAAUAAAUUGUCCAAUGAACUCGUCGUCUCCUGGCUGUCAGAUAACUGUUACCAGUGCAAGUUUCAGAACCUUGGUAACGUUCCUUCAGAGAAAGUUGGAGAACAUCAACAAAAACAACCAGGGAAAUCAACGUUUGCCAUUAGCACCAAACAUGCAGUCACAAUACAGCUGAACAUGACAGUUGAGGUGUGCAGGGUCCAUGGAAGCUUUGGUGAGCUUGGACACUAUUCCUUAAGGGAGACAAAGGCCAACCGGAGUGAUGCGAAUGGAUCAGUGAACUACAAAAUCUUUAUGGACAAAGAACCCAUCAACAACAAUCUUCCAAUUUUAUAUGCAUUCCUUGCCUACCUUGGAUUGGUCAUUUUUGUAUGUUUAGGACAAUUCUUGAAGGGGUUGAGUCCUGUUAAAAACCUAUUGUCCCGCCUAUCAAAUCAAGUGGAGAUGGAGCGGUUAAUCAACUCUGAGCUGGGAUCACCAAUCCGUGUGGCUGACAGCACGGGUCCAAGUAACCUUGUGCCUGGACAUAAUGCAGGCUCCCGCCGCCUUCGUUCACUUGACACUUUGCGAGGGUUUGCUUUGGUGAUCAUGAUCUUUGUUAACUAUGGAGGUGGGAGAUACUGGUUCUUCAAGCAUGAAAGUUGGAAUGGAUUAACAGUGGCAGAUUUAGUUUUUCCGUGGUUUGUGUUUAUCAUGGGAACUUCCAUUGCACUGUCCCUGAACUCAGCAUUGCAGGUUCACCGUUCCAAGUGGAAACUUUUGGUUAAAGUUGCUUGGAGAACUGCAGCCCUAAUAUUACUCGGCAUCUUUAUCAUCAACCCAAAUUAUUGCAAGGGGCCACUUUCCUGGGACACUCUGCGAAUCCCCGGCGUGCUUCAGAGGCUUGGUCUCACAUACGGUGUGGUUGCUGUUCUGGAAGUUCUAUGUGGAAAAGGCUAUCCUGAAAGUCUUGGUUUGGACAACUGGUGGUCUCCAGCCAGGGACAUUUUACUAUACUGGCCCCAGUGGAUUGUUAUCCUGCUACUGGAGUGCGUUUGGCUGUGUUUGACUUUUCUAUUGCCUGUACCAGGUUGCCCACGAGGUUACCUCGGUCCUGGAGGGAUUGGAGACUUUGGACAAUUUGCAAACUGCACUGGAGGAGCAGCAGGUUACAUUGAUCGUAUGGUCUUUGGAGAGAAGCAUAUUUAUCAACAUCCUUCCUGCACAAUGCUUUAUAAGACAACUGUGCCUUUUGAUCCAGAGAACCUACUGGGUCUGAUCAAUUCAAUUGUGAUGGCAUUUCUGGGUCUGCAGGCUGGAAAGAUUUUUCUUAUUUACAAAGGUCAACACAAGCCGAUUCUGCUUAGAUUCUUAUUUUGGAGCAUCCUGCUGGGUGUUAUUUCAGCUUUCCUUACAAAAUGCUCUAGAGACCAUGGAUUCAUUCCAGUCAACAAGAACCUCUGGUCCUUCUCUUAUGUUACAACACUAAGUUGUUUUGCCUACAUGCUUCUCUUGCUGAUUUAUUCUGUGGUGGAUAUAAAGAAAUACUGGACUGGAACUCCCUUUUACUAUCCAGGGAUGAACUCAAUUCUGGUGUAUGUUGGACACGAGGUGUUUGAGCACUAUUUUCCUUUCCGAUGGAAAAUGCUUAAUGACCAUUCACAUGGGGAACACUUGGCCCAGAAUCUUCUUGCUACCACCAUCUGGAUUUUUAUUUCUUACGUUCUUUACAAGAAGAAAAUAUUUUGGAAAAUCUAAUUGGAAUCAAUUUUUUUUUUUGGCAAAUAAAUAAAAUGAAGGUAUAUUUUUCUAGAAACGCAAAUAAAUGAGAUGUGCAUUUUGUGUUAACACGGGAAUGCUAAUUUUGUCGACAAUUUCACACAUGGCCAGUACAGCAAUGUUGUCCUGUUUCCUGUGAUCAUCAGUUUUGUGUUGAUCAUCUGUUCUACUUAUAUUUUGAAAAAAGUCUCAAUUUUGUAGAGAGCUACAACAAGAUGGAUGUAUAUACUUUUUUUUUAAUCAAUUGGUGAUAUUUAAAACUGUACUGAAAUGCUGACUUAUCAAAGGGUUAUGCGCUAACGAUAUAGCAUUAUCACCGUUCUAGCCUCCAACACUUUGCGCAACCUCUAGCUUCCUGUCCCACAAUUUAUCACUGACAUCCUAUUCCUGUUUACUUGUCAACAUUAUUUUUGCAUUCGUAUGAAAAGCAUUUAUCUAGAACAAUUUUAUAAAAGCUGUUGGUUCUUCUUGAUGAGUGUGAAGAAAGGGACUUGUUUUGUCUUAGUAGUUUACAAGCUUUAGGAGCAGAAUUAGGCCAUUCAGCCCAUCAAGUCUACACCGCCAUUUAAUCUGGGCUGAUCUAUCUUUCCAUCUCAACCCCAUUCUCUUGCCUUCGCCCCAUAACCCUGAUACCCUUAAUAAUCACAAAUCUGUCAAUCACUGCCUCAAAAGUAUCCAUUGACUUGGCCUCCACGGCCAUCUGUGUCACAUUCUUCCACGGCAUCCUUUCUGAAAUCAGCCUGUAGGUGAACAUUGCACCAGGGUUUAAAUCUAUACACUUAUCCAUAAAUUGGUGGAGCUGAGAGGAUUGAAUGAAAGGUUCAGAGACCUGAAGAUAAAAUGCUUUUCACCGUAGUAAUGAUUGUGCUUAUCUGGGAAGAUUGUUGUCAUCUUUAGGAGAUGGUGUAAAUGCUCCUGACCAGAAUAAUGAUGGCCUGUUGAAGGUAUUUAUUUUCCGUGUGCAAGAAAGCAUUGUCAUUGAAGACUUUGUCCCUAAUGCAUUAGUUUGUGCCUGUUUGAUCUAUCACUGCUGCCUCCCAAAAGCUAUUUAUAUUGUUACACUGAAACCAGAUCAAGAAAUGUACAGAUAACUUUGGUGAUGUUUCUUUGACAAUUCCAUCAGAUGAUGUAGAAACUGCUUGGAUAAUAUUGAGUGAACUGUUGACAAAUCUCCCUUCUCUGUGAGAUCUAUAUUUGUCAGAGGUGGCGCACACAUUCUAGUUAGUCUAAACCCAAGAUCUGAUUGAAGCUAGGUGAAAUCAAGAAAACAUCCACAGUUUGAUCUGUUAAGUGUUUAACAGCACAUUUCUAAUGAGUUUCCACAGAAUCAUCUUGUCCAUUCAGACUUUGAAUUUCUGUUUGGGAGAAUUCCAAGCCCUGGUAUCCAACCCGUCUCUGAAUGUUAUUGUUCAGAUUAUUUAGCUGGUAUAUCAUCAACUGGACAUACUGCAACGUUGGCCACUUCAAAUAUCCCAUCAUCACUUUUUAACCAUGUGAGGUUAGCUUGGUCCUGAAUUUCAGUUGUCAGUUUACCAUGGAGGAUCGUGAACCAAACCACAGCAGGUUGAGCACAGACAAAAAACACACCAAAACUAAAUGGUGUUGCACUAGGAUGCAGGUACCCGCUUCUGCAGCAUUCGCUUAACCAUCGAACCAUAGUCUGAGCCGUGCCUGCAGUCAUUCCAUUCAGCCAAUUCUAUAUUUCCUUACUGCAAAGGCUUGAUGGGGCAAAAUGUCUCCCAAAGCAAUCCAAUUCCCUCACUAUUUUCCACUUGACUAUUCUCUCAUUCCCAUCAGCUCCGCUGUGAUUCCACCAUUCACCUACACACCUGGGGACAUUUUCAGUUGUCAAUUAACCAAAGGACCCUGGAAGGAAACUGGAGAUCUGGGGGUUGGGGGUAAGACUCGUGUUGUCACAGGGAAACAUGCAAACUCCACACAUAGACAGCAGUUGUCAGCAUUAAACCAUGGUUGCAGGAGCUGAGGCAGAAGCUGUACUUGCUGUGCCAGUGUUUUGUUCCUCAUGUAAUUCACUUCACCUGGACAGGACCACAGUCUGGUUAUUUAUGCAUUGUGACCAAUAGCAUGUUAGAUGUUUUGAGUUGCAUAAGUACCUUCAGUGGGUUUUUGUGGUCUUCUGUACUGUCGGAUCGUAUUUAAACAUUCUGAAAACAAUGUAGUUUGUGGACUUUGAGCCAAUGUUUAAAUCGGUGAUGAUUGCAUUGUGAUACAAAGCCUAUAUAGUUCACCCAUUUGGAUAGGCAGUCUUGAGAUUAUAAAAAAGCACAAUAAUGCAUUUCUUGCCAGUUACAUGUUAGGAGCAAUCACUGUUUCAAUCCUUUACCUUAAUGAAAUAAUGCCAGUAUCAAUAUUUUGUGUGUAAUGUUCUAUAAGUGUUUCUGAUUUCAAAAGUUGUGCCGUUAUAAACCAUGUAGUUCAUUUAUGCUUAACUUCUAGUUUGAACAUGCAGGAAAAUGGGAUGAUGUGUUCAGAUGUAUGAUUAUGCCUGUAUAAUUAUUCUUUAUUCCCCUUUAAGAGAAACCUGCAGCAUUGCCCCAGCACUUUGAUCAAUAAUCUGGCUUUCACUCAGUGCAACAGGUUCUCCUAAUGCAAUGCUUUAUACCGAUUAUCUCCCUCUAUUGUAGAAACAAAGAACUGCAGAUGAUGGUUUACACCAAAGAUAGACACAAAAGUGCUGGAGUAACUCAACGGGUCAGGCAACGGCUCUGGAGAAAAAGGAUAGGUGACCUUUCAGUUCAGCUCGCCUAUACUUUUUCUCAAAAGAUGCUGCCACUGUUAACCAGCACUUUGUGUAUAUCUCCCUCUAUUGUCUUAGUUGUGAUUCAAUUACUAAUUUCUUAUGAGAAAUUAAGUUGCAUUAUCCAUACAAUAUCUUUGUACUUCUGAGCCAUAGAUUUUGAUCUUUGCUGAGACUAAAGGAGUUAAUCUUUCACAUUUAGAUUUCAGAAGGAGAAUUAUUUUUUUCCUUUCCUACCUGCAAAUGAUAGUUUGGUGUAAGAAAUGCAAAUACCAUUUGAAUGGAUGGCAGUCAGAAUACUUUAGGAUAGAUGAUAAAGGGAUUUAUUUUUCCUAAUGCCGGGUGGGAUGCAGACACGUAAAGUGUCCUAUUCCACAACUUCAUUUUACCAAUAAAUGGCCCUCAUACAAUAGUACAAGAGCUUUUGAAACACCUUAACUGUAAGCACUGGUGUUAGAGUGCAUGAGUAGUGUAAGAGUGGUUCUAGUGGGAAUAUUAAAUUCAUAAUUGCAUUAAAAAUGAAAUUCCACAAUGUUACAAGAUCUACUUGUAUAAUACGUGUAAAGUUUAUCUGUACUUGAAAUGCUUUUAACGGUUGUGUCUUAAUUUGGGGAUUGUUUAAAGCACAAGUCACUUUUGGGAGCGGUCAUUAGUUUUUCAUCACAAGCUCACUGCUGUGUUGUGCCUGGCUUUUACAGGACUGAAGAACAUUUUGUUAAUGGUGUCAUCAUUCUUAAAGCUAGCGAAAUAUCUACAACGCCAGACUAUUGUCCUCCAGGUUACAUUUACCUUGUGCAUGCACAGUACUUUAAAGGUCCUUCAAGCUUGAUUACCCAUGAUUUAAAUGGAAACUUUUUGCUUCCAAAAAAGGGAAAUGUAACAUUUGCUUUUAAAAUGCUAAAUUGAUAAAGUAGUCUGUAUUUAAAUUCAAUGAUCUUAUGUAACCUGUAAUUGGAAUAUUACUUUAAGCUGAAUAAAGGGAUUUCUGUUUUAACUGAAA